UCUCAUCCAUCUCUUGGAAGCUGCCAGCACAGCCCUUGAAAAUUCAGGCCUUGCCUGAGAGGGGAGCGUGGAGCCGGAGGGAGUGGCCUCUGGGAUCGGGAGAGUUAUGGCCCAGGCAUCUGUGUCGUUCAAAGAUGUGGCUGUGGAUUUCAGCCAGGAGGAGUGGUGCUUCCUGGACGCCUCUCAGAAGAAACUGUACAAGGAGGUGAUGCUGGAGAACUAUAGGAACCUGGUCUCCCUGGGGCUUCCAGUUGGCAAAGCGGAUGUGAUCUUCCAGUUGGAGCAGGGCCAAGUUCCAGGGACGCUGGAGGGAGAAGACCCAGCAGCUUCCCGUCCAGAUUGGGAGCUGAGGCCUCACAUCAGAGGAUCUACUCCAGAGCAGUCCAUUUCUCCAGAAGAGUCAUCCAGGAAGAAUGUCAUCCCCAACAGGCCUUGGAAUUUUGAGUUGGGAGAAGCGUGGGCUUGUGUUAUCAGGUCAGGCAAGACCCAAGACAGCCAGGAGAGUCCUUCCAGGAAAUUAGCAGUUACCCCCAGAAAGACCCUGAACAGAGGAAGAGGCCAGCGAUGGAGUCAGUGUGGAAGGAGCUCCAAUAGGGAGUCGGGCUUUUCUCUCCAAGGGAGCAUUUCUAUAGGUGACAGUCGUGAUGGACAUGAUACACAUGGCCAGAUCUUCCCACCGUAUUCAAACCUAACUCAGUAUGUUAAAGGGACAUCCAGGAAAGAACAUGCCAGGUAUGAUGAACGUGGGGAACACUUUAAUUAUCAGCUCGAUCAUACUCAGUAUUAUGGCAAACAUACAGGAAUGAAAUCGUAUGAAUGUAAUCAAUGUGAGAUAGCCUUCAGCUGGGGCACAGCCCUUACUGAACACCCCCAACUUCAUACUGGAGACAACCCUUAUGAAGAUAGCCAAUGUGGGAAGACCUUCAGCCAGAAUGCAAAGCUGAUUUAUCAGCAGAAAAUUUAUAAUGAAGAUAAAUAUUAUGCAGGUGAUGAAUAUGGGAAAACCUCCAUAGAUCACUUAUCACUUACUACCCAUCAGAAAAUCCAUAUCAGAGAGAAACCUUAUGAAUGUAAUGAAUGUGGGAAGGCCUUUAGCCAGAGCUCAGAACUUAUUAGACACCAGAAAAUUCAUACUGGAGAGAAACCUUAUGAAUGUAGUGAGUGUGGGAAAGCCUUCGUCUGGAACUCAGAACUUAUUAGACAUCAAAUAAUUCACACUGGAGAGAAGCCUUAUAUAUGUAAUGAAUGUGGGAAGGCUUUCACCCAGAGUUCAUCUCUUACUUUACAUCAGAGGAUUCAUACUGGUGAGAAGCCUUAUAAAUGUGACGAAUGUGGGAAGGCUUUCACCCGUAGUUCAUCUCUUACUGUACAUCACAGUACUCAUACUAGAGAGAAACCUUAUGAAUGUAGUCAGUGUGGGAAGACUUUUAGCUGGAACUCAGAACUUCUUAGACACCAAAUAAUUCAUACUGGAGAGAAGCCUUAUAAAUGUGACGAAUGUGGGAAAGCCUUCACCCAGAACUCAUCCCUUGUUUUACAUAAACGAAUUCAUAGCAGAGAGAAACCUCAUGAAUGUAAUGAAUGUGGUAAAGCCUUCAUCCAGCACACAGCCCUUAUUUGUCAUCAGAGAAUCCACACUGGAGAGAAGCCUUAUAAAUGUAAUGAAUGUUGGAAGGCUUUCAGUCAGAGUGGACACCUUACUGUACAUAAGAGAAUUCAUAGUAGAGAAAAGUCCCGUGAGUGGAAUGGAUGUGGUAAAGCCUUUGUCCAACACUCCCCUCUUAUUUACCAUCAGAGAAUUCACACUGGUGAGAAAGUUUUUGAAUGCAGUGAAUUUGGAAAAGUCUUCAGUCGGGACACAGAAAUUAUUAACCAUCAGAAAAUCCAUCCUGGAGAGACAUUUUUAUACAUGUAAUGAAUAUGAGAAGGCCUUCAUCUGGAGCUCAUUUCUUACAGUUCUGAUAAUUCAAACCAGAUAAGAACAUUAUAAAUGUAAUUAGCACGGGCAGCCUUUUAGAUGGAACUGAGACCUUAUCAGAUAUCUAUCUAUUCAGAAUGGAAUGAAGCCUUGUAAAUGUAAUAAAUGUGGGAAGGCCUUCCAGAGAUCAUCCCAUGCUGUACAUCAGAGAAUUCAUACUAGAGAGAAACCUUAAGGAUAGAAUUAAUGUGGGCUCAGGAUUUGUUAAGACAUAAGAAAAUUUAUUCUGGAGAAGAAGCCUUAUAAAUAAUAUUUGCUAACAUUUAUAUAGCGCUUUAAGGAUGGCAAAGUGCUAUACGAAUAUAUCAUUUGAUCAUCACAACAAACCUGGGAUGUCGGUGCUUUUAUCAUCCCCAUUUUUCAG